AUGGCUGAAGCCGGCGACGAGAAUCUUUACGCAGCCGCCAGAGACAUCGCCAGAGCUCUUGGAAAGGACCCAAGCGCCGCCGGAGAUAUUUUGCAGAUCCUAUCCGGCUAUGGCGCCUCCGGAAACCGCGGCGGCGACUCCCGACCCACAGCAUCCCGCGGUGGCUCUAACCUCAACCUUGACCGAUCCCUCAACUCCUUGGAGCGACAGAUCUCCGGCUACAUCGUGGAGGAUGCACCGAUCUGGUCCGAUCCCGUUGACUCGCGGACUUUCCUCGACGCCGUCGAUGAGCUACUUGCGAUCGCCGGAGACUUGAGAUCCAUGGCCGGGGAUAAAUCCGCCGCCGUCUGUAUGUCUCGUGCCGAUGUGCUGAUUCAACAAGUGAUGUUUAGGCUUCAGGAGGAGUUUGAAUAUGUAAUGGACCGAUCCCCUGAGUCGUUUGACUCCGACGACGAGUUCGCAGGGGAAGAAGACAACUACGGUGACCAAAGCCACCAGGUAAUCGUUGCCCAUCCAGUGACCGAUUACAAGAUCGUGAUUGAGGCGUUACCAUCGAGCACAGUCGGCGAUCUAAACGCGAUCGCUCUGCGGAUGGUCGCCGGUGGAUUCGGAAAAGAGUGUUCACGAGUGUACAGCAGCCGACGGAGAGAGUUUCUAGAGGAGAGUUUGUCGAGGUUGCAUCUGAGAGGACUAACGAUGGAGGAAGUACAAGACACUCCAUGGCAAGAACUUGAAGACGAAAUCGACCGUUGGAUCAAAGCCGCAGCUAUGGUGUUCCGUGUUUUCUUCCCGAGCGAGCGUCUUCUCUGCGAUCGCGUUUUCUCUGAUCUUCCUGUUUCCUCUGUGACAGAUCUCUCUUUCAUGGAAGUUUGCCGCGGAACAACCACACAGCUUCUGAAUUUCGCAGACGCAAUCGCUUUAGGGAGCCGUUUGCCUGAACGCUUGUUCAAGGUUAUGGAUUUGUACGAGGCGAUUCAAGACCUAAUUCCCAAAAUGGAAAUGUUGUUCUCCAAUAAAUACUGUUCGCCGCUAAGGCACGAGGCGGUCGCGAUUCAUAAACGGUUAGGAGAAGCGGUUAGAGGGAUAUUUAUGGAGCUUGAGAAUUUGAUCCGUCGUGACCCUCCCAAAACCGCGUUUCCUGGCGGUGGGAUUCAUCCGAUCACGCGGUACGUGAUGAAUUAUCUGCGUGCGGCGUGUAAAUCGCGGCAGUCGUUGGAGCAGAUACUUGACCAGACCGGGAACGAAACCGGAUCGGACACAAGACCUUUGUCCGUGCAAAUCAGAUGGGUUUUGGAGUUGUUGGAGAGUAACUUGGACGGCAAGAAAAGAACUUACCGCGAUCCGUCUUUGUGUUUCUUGUUCAUGCUGAACAAUGGAAAGUAUAUUCUUGAUAAGGCUUCGGACAACGAGCUCGGUUCGAUCCUAGGAGAUGAUUGGAAUGUGAAGCAUGCGGCGAAACUUAGGCAAUACCAUUCUAAUUACCGAAGGAGCUCGUGGAACCAAGUGGUGGGAUUGCUUAGGACGGAUGCUCCUUAUCAUACGUUAAUAGAGAAUCUUAGAUUGUUCAAUGCCCGGUUCCGUGAAGUGUGUGUGAUGCAGUCUCAAUGGGUUGUUACUGAUGGAGAACUGAGAGAGGAAUUGAGAAGCUCCAUUGCUAAAAUUGUGUCUCCAGCGUACUCUGAUUUCAUCGGAAUAUUGAAGGCUUCGCCGGGGACUAAUGGGAUUGUGUAUACUGUUGAUAUUUUGGAGAUGAAGAUUAACGAGUUGUUCAAGGAAAGCUCAAGUUGA